AUGAAGUAUAAACAAGAGAAACCAGUGUUGUUAGAAAAACAAGACUUACAAAAGAAGAAAGGUGAUGAUGAAUUGAUGCAAAAGUAUAAACUUAAUAUGCCUAUAGAGAAAAGAAGUUAUCUUAUACAAGAAGAUAAGGACAAACCACCUAUUAUAGAAAUAAAUAAAGGUGAUAUUAAAAUCACAG